CCGCUCCUUUACCGGUUUCGAAAUAAACCUAUUCAGUCGCUGCGUGCUUGGCCAAAACGGAAUAAUUGUCGGUAGUCCGGGGCCGUCGGUGUGUUGUCCAUUUCCCGCUGCCAGCCUCUGGUCUGCUGCUUUUGUGCUUACCGGAGGGCAGCUUGAAUGUGUAGGAAGAUGCUGCGCCCCGGAACCUGCAUUUUCCACUGGUCUUGCCAAAGAAAGCAUUUGCAAGGGCGAAGAACCAUCUAGUAAAGACGGGCUGGACCUGGCGAACAAUGGAGCAACAGACGGAGACAGGAAGGCGAUGGACAGAUUGACCCCUUCCCCCGUCGCAGAAACUAUUGUAAAUGGCGGUGAAAGCAUAAGCCCGACACACAGCUCGGCAACAGGCCACAACAAGACAUUAUCGCUGGUAAAUGAGAAUGGUAUGUCAGACACCGAGGUGCCACAUGGUUCUGUCACUGGAAGCAAUGGAUUCAUUCUCACUAAGCCGCAGCAGGAGGACGGAUCUGAAACCACAGCAUUGUCCCCCCAUAGGACAAACAGGUCACCUUCAAGUUCCAGCACAGGUGAAAAUACGACCAAAGCCCCCUCUCCCUCAGACUCUGAGUCUGCACAGACUUUAGGCACACUAAGAACUGACCCUAUGAUGGGGACUAUGUUGGGCAAGGAGACAAUAGACUCUAAAAAUGGUGCAGCUCCAACUACCACGUCAUCAGCACCCAUCACCAUACACAGAGCCCGAAAAACCAUGUCCAGACCGGCCGUGACUCUCGAACAAAAGCUUCUUAAAAGAGAACUAAGAGAAGCACAGAACGCCAAAAUGGAGACUUUGGUAGCGUCUGACACACCAAAACCCUCACAGCAGGUUUCAGCGGAGAACCAUCUACCUCAAAAUCCUUUUUCAACUUCAGCACAAGCUUCUUCAACAACGUCACCAGCAACUCCUCCAGUAUCUCCGCCUCCACUUAUUUCAACGCCAGCCAAGCUCCAACUUGGUCCAAUAGCCUACUUCACGGCAGGGUUGUCAUCCCGUAAGAAGAAGCGAAGAAUGGGAAUUUACAACCUGGUUCCCAAGAAGAAACAGAAAAUUCUUCGGCAGACGACAAUGCUGGAAAUGUUCAAGGAUGCCAAGGGACCAGAGACAAACAUCAAUGGUGACAAGGUUGAUUGUGCAACUGAGGAGGGGCAGGAGGAGGAAGACUCAGAUGAGGUGGACUCUGAUGAGGAAGGACAGCAGCAAGGAGAGGAAGUUAUCACUGCUGUCCAGGAAGACAGUCCAACAUCUGAAUCCAUCUCUCAGGCAGAGAAUGAACCAGAUUCCGACGAGUCUGGAGUAGAGGCUGAGGAGGAGGGCACCGAGUCGGACUUGAGCACGGAGUCUAGUCUCAAGAAGAAGCUGAAAAACAAAACAAAAGCAGACAGUGCUUGGCUCCGGCCGUCCAGGAAGCGCAAGAGGAGGGUAAUGGUCAACGACACUUCAAGGUCACCAAUGGAGGAGGCUCAGGAGCUACCACUGUGCAGCUGCCGUAUGGAGACCCCCAAGAGCCGGGAGAUUCUCAUCCUGGCAGACAGGAAGUGUAUGGCCACCGAGAGCGUUGAUGGACAACUGACCCGUUGCCAAGGUGCCGUUUUGAAGCAAGAAAUGAUGCGACCUUCCAACUCUGUUCAGCUGCUGGUACUAUGUGAGGACCACCGUAACGGCAUGGUAAAGCACCAAUGUUGCCCCGGCUGUGGCUUCUUCUGCAGAGCUGGGACCUUCAUGGAAUGCCAACCUGACAUGAACAUUUCACACCGUUUCCACAAUGCCUGUGCAUCUGUGCUGAAAGGUCAAAGCUUCUGCCCGCACUGUGGGGAGGAGGCCAGCAAGGCCAAGGAGGUGACCAUCGCAAAGGCAGACACCACCUCCACUGUACCGACUGCACUCGCUCAUGGACCAGUCACGCCGGGAGCCCAUGAGGGCAGAGCAGACACCACCACUGGCAGGUCCUCACAGUUGACUGUGAUGUGUGAUGGCAAUGGUGGCGCAGACAGCUCUCUUUCCGCCGGUUCGGCACCACAGCAAGACUCAGAACCAUCUUUUCCUGGAUCCUCCAGGACCUCUGUACUGCAGGAUAGUAUUGGAGCAACACCCCCAUCUCCACCUUUGCAAGUACCACCACGAGAAACCCUUGAAAGUGUCCUGGUUGCUCUCAACACAGAGAAACCAAAGAAGCUGCGUUUUCACCCAAAGCAACUGUACCUCUCAGCCAAACAGGGAGAACUUAAGAGAGUCGUGCUCAUGCUGGUAGAUGGUAUCGACCCCAACUUUAAGGUGGACUCACAGAACAAACGCACCCCUCUCCAUGCAGCAGCUGAGGCAGGACAAACGGAAAUCUGCCACAUGCUCGUACAAGCUGGUGCAAACUUGGACACGUGUGACGAAGAUCAUCGAACACCGUUAAUGGAUGCAUGUGAGAACAACCACAUGGAGACUGUCAUGUAUUUGCUGAGAGCUGGAGCUAGUGCCAUGCACAAGGAUGUUGAAGGGUUCACAUGUCUCCACCUGGCAGCCAAGUCUGGUCAUUACGAGAUUGUUCAAUAUCUUCUGACUACAGGAUUCGUCAACAUAAAUUGCCAGGAUGAUGGAGGGUGGACAGCCAUGAUCUGGGCCACAGAAUACAAACACGUGGACCAGGUCCAGUUGUUGCUGUCCAAAGGAGCUGACAUCAGUAUCCGAGACAAGGAAGAAAACAUCUGCCUUCACUGGGCAGCCUUCUCUGGCAGCGUUAAAAUCGCAAAGCUGCUGCUUGACACAGACUGUAAUCUCCAGGCUGUCAACAUCCAUGGAGACUCUCCUUUACACAUCGCUGCCCGGGAGAAUCGCCUGGAUUGUGUAAUGCUCUUCUUAUCUCACGGAGCGGAUGUUUUCCUCAAAAAUCGCGAGGGAGAAACCCCUCCAGACUGCUGCGGUCACAACACAAAAACCUUUGCAGCCCUGCAAGCCAACAAGAGAGAGAAGGAUGCCAAGAACGUCACUCAGGCAGCGAGAAAAAUCCUUCACAGUGACAUCGCUCUUGGGCAAGAGAGAGUUCCAAUUCCUUGUGUCAACUUUGUGGACAGCGAACCUUAUCCAGACGACUAUAAGUACAUCCUUGAAAACUGUGUCACCUCCCCCAUGAACAUUGACAGAAACAUCACACACUUACAGUACUGUGUUUGCAAAGAAGACUGUUCUUCAAGCUCCUGCAUGUGUGGACAGCUAAGUCUACGUUGCUGGUACGAUAAGGAUGCCUGUCUUCUGCCGGAAUUCUGCCGUGAAGAGCCCCCUCUUAUCUUUGAGUGCAACCAUGCUUGUUCCUGUUGGAGGACCUGCAAGAACAGAGUGGUGCAAAAUGGACUCAGGACCAGGAUUCAGCUCUUUAGGACAACUAAGAAGGGCUGGGGUGUCCGAGCACUGCAAGACAUACCACAGGGGACAUUUGUUUGCGAGUACAUCGGUGAGAUCAUCUCUGAAGCAGAAGCCGAAAUGAGGCAGAAUGACGCUUUCCUCUUCAGUUUAGAGGAUAAGCCACAAGCUCAGUACUGCAUCGAUGCCCGUUUCUAUGGCAACGUCAGCCGGUUCCUCAACCACAUGUGCGAACCCAACUUGUUCGCCUGCAGAGUGUUCACCACACACCAGGACCUGCGUUUCCCUCACAUCGCCUUCUUUGCUAGUGAAAACAUCAAAGCUGGAGAGGAGCUGGGCUUUAACUACGGCAAGCACUUCUGGGAAGUGAAAAACAAGAUGUUCAGCUGUGACUGCAGCUCCUCCAAGUGCAAGUACUCGUCGGCAGCCAUGGCGUCGCUGCAGGCGGACAGCACGCCCGAGGACCAGCAGCAGCCCAGCGCCUCGCCGGACACCAGCUCCUCCAACGCCCCCUCAAGCCCCUCCUAGACACGUACUCAUACUUUUGUCUCCACGUCCAAGAACUUUUUUUUUUUUUACAGAGGAAUUGGUCCCGUUUUCAGUCAUGGAAAAAAAAAAAAAAAGUGUUUUGUGGCAGAACAAGAUGAGCAAUUGGACACUGUGAAUGGUGGAAUGCUGCCAUUUGCCUCCUGCUAAAAACAAAAAAAAGGCCAGCAGGGGGCAGCAAACAUCAGUCUACAUUUCAUGUUUACCUUCACUGAUGAGACAUUUUUUUUUUAGGAGGAGCAUCAGUUCAUACCCACGUGGGUGACUUUUGACCUUUUUGAAAUUGGAAGCAUUCCAGCAAAGUGAGUUUAUAAAAUGAAGUUAUUUGUGGAGUGUUUGGAAGAGCACACAUUAAAAACAAAAUGUGUUUGGUGAGUUCACACGACAGUGGCAGGACUGAUCCUUACUGGAAGAAAAUGGUGCUCUUUUCUUUUCUUUCUUUCUUUUUUUUUUUUUACAUGCACAUUAUUGACCCUUGUGAACAUUGUUUGUAAAAUAAGAGAAUGGUCUGUUUUUCUAAAUGUUAGUUUUCUAAUCAUACUUCACUGUAGGUGGCUCUGCUCAUUAUUAUUUAGAUUUCAUGAUAGAUGUCGUGCAAAAUCUUGAUAA